AUGAACGGCCAUGCAGAACCGAGCAAGCGUCAACGCUUCGAUGUGCCUGCCAAGAUGAAAGCAUUACAAUACUCUGGCCCCGAGAGAUUCGCAGUCGAGACCAUCGAUGUUCCAACAAUCGGUGAUGAUGAUGUUCUUCGACCGUUCACUUCUCCACACACCUCACUCACCUCCCUAGGCCACGAAGCAGCAGGCACCGUCGCCGCUAUCGGCAAGAACGUUAAUAACGUCGCGGUUGGUGACCGUGUAGCAGCCGAUGCCUUACAACCAUGUCUGAACUGUUUCUACUGCACGCGCAGAAAGACCCAACUCUGUGAGAACGUCAUCGGGUAUGGCGGUAAUGUUCCGGGUGGUUUCGCAGAGUACUGCAGAUACCCAGCUCGUAUGGUCUACCCUAUUGGAAACCUUCCGGAUCUAGAGGCCGUCUUGCUCGAACCCGCCGCAUGCGCAACACAUGGUAUUGAGAGAAUGCAGAUGGAGGUCGGAAGCAGGGUACUGCUUUUCGGAUGCGGCCCGACGGGCAUAUUGUUAGCUCAAUUGAUCAAGAUGAAUGGCGCUGCUCAUUUGACCAUCGCCUCAAAAGGCGGCCCGAAACUCGAUCUCGCGCGCGAACUCAACAUCGCUGAUUCUUACAUCACGAUAUCUGACGAUAAUCCUGGAGAUGACAUGGCCGCGCUCUCGACCGACAAUCCCUACGGCUUCGACAUCGUCGUGGAGGCCACUGGCGCACCCACUGUUCUCGAAAAGGCCAUCGAGUACGUACGAAAAGGCGGCAAGCUAGUCGUAUACGGCGUCUAUGACGAGAGCGUGAAGAUCGCAUGGUCGCCCUUCCGGAUCUGGGAGAAUGAGAUCACGAUUCUGGCCAGCUUCUGCAGUAUGAGUCACAUACCGCAUGUCUUGGAGUAUGUGAAUGCUGGAAGGUUAAAGUUGGGCGGCAUUGCGAACAAGACGUAUAGAAUCGAGCAAUGGAAGGAGUGUCUGGAUGCGGUGAGGAAACAGGAGGUUGUUAAAGCUGCUAUUGUGUUCGACUGA